AUGGUUCAGGCGAGAUGGGUGAAACCUCCAUUUCAAACAAUUAAGGUUAAUUGUGAAGGUGCUUGGUGUUCACGAACGGGGAUUGGUGGGUUUGGGUGGGUGGCUAGAGACUUUGCUGGGAUUUUUCAUAGGGCCGGGGGUGUGGGGGUUGUCUUCUGUGGGUCUAGUUUGAUAGCGGAAGUGGAGUCGGUGAGGUGGGGUUUAUUGGCUUGUAUGGAGAAAGGUUAUGGAAGGGUUCAAAUUGAAACAAACUCGAAGUUUCUUGUGGAGAUGUUAAAUGGUCUUCUUUUGUCGGAGGCUAGCAUUGAAGGAAUAUUAUGGGACAUUGAGUUUAGUAGAAACCAAUUGGAGUUUGUGGAAUUUCUUUAUACUCCUCGUGCCUAUAAUGAGGCUGCGCAUUUGGUGGCACAGUUUGUCACGCGUAUGGGGGGUUCUCAUUUGUGGGAUUGCUUGGAGCCGGAGUGGCUAUUUAACACUCUGGCUAUUGAUGUAAACAUUUAUGUUCGUAUCUAA